AUGGCGUUCCGCUGCGAAACGGAUUAUAUGUGGCUACCAGCCUUCGGCGAGGAUGAGAAGAACUGGCCCAAUGGGCUGCGGAUCUUCCUCUACGUGCUCGGCCUCUUCUACUGCUUCCUCGGAGUGGCCGUGGUCUCCGAUGUUUUUAUGAACGCUAUUGAGAGGAUAACAUCGCAGAAGAAACGGGUAAGACUCAAGUCAACGGGGAAGAUUGUUACGCAGACAGUGUGGAACGACACAAUGGCCAACUUGACGCUCAUGGCCCUUGGCUCUAGUGCUCCAGAGAUCCUCCUCAGUGUUAUCGAAAUCAUGAGCAACGAAAUGUACAUCGGCGAUUUGGGCUCUGGCACAGUAGUAGGCAGUGCCGCCUUCAAUCUCCUUGUGAUCAGUGCAGUAUGUGUGUGCGCAAUCCCAGAUGGGGAGGUGCGAUACAUCAAGGACACGAAGGUGUACUGUGUCACUGCAACCUUCUCCAUCUUGGCUUAUGUCUGGCUUCUUCUGAUUCUCAUGGUGAUUUCGCCUGACAUAUGCGAGCUUUGGGAAGCCGUGGUGACAUUCCUACUGUUCCCGGUUCUGCUGGCCAUUGCCUUUGCUGCAGACAAGGGCUACUUCACGGCCGGUGGUGACGACGACCAUCACGAACAGAAUGAUAACUUCUACGGAGCAAUUCCACCAGACGUUACCAAAGAAGAGCUGGCGGAGAUAGAGCAGGGUAUUCGAGAAGAGUACAACCACAAGAUCUCGGAUGAUCAGUUGGUCCGGGUGAUACAGCACAUGUACAUUGGAAAGCCUUCUCGUGCCUUCUACCGUCAUGCAGCUAUGGAGGGCAUCGUGGGAGGCAAGAAAGCUGACUUUGGCGCUCACUCUGUUCCUGUGAACUUCGUGACCGCGCCUCACAACACGGCGGAUGAGCUGAACAAAGGCAAGCUCGUGGAAGUUGGAUGGGCAACAGACCGCUACGCCUUUCUAGAGUCUUGCCACAUGGCCAAGUUGCAGCUAAUGCGCGCUGGCCUGCUGGACAGGGAGGUGACCGUGCAGGUCACCUCACGUGAAGGCACUGCGAAAGCCAACUCGGAUUUCAAGCCAGUGGACGAAGCAGUAACAUUUGCUCCUGGCGAGACGCUGAAGGACUACUAUGUCGAGAUCAUUGAUGAUGCUGCAUACGAGGAGGAUGAGGAGUUUUACCUCGACUUGAGCCAGCCCAAACUAAAUGGCGUGGAGCCUCCGCAGGACGUAAAGGUGCGCAUCAUAGCUUCUCUUGCGACAGCCACGGUUGUCAUUGUGGAUGAUGACGAGCCAGGGAAGCUGCGCUUUCAGAAAGAGGAGGUGGAGGUAAAGGAGCGCGAGGAGGAAACAACUCUUCGCAUCAUUGUGGAGCGCUUCAAUGGUGCAACAGGACCCAUCGAGUGCCGGUACUAUACCGAAGACAACUCAGCCAUUGCCGGCUACGACUAUGUCGAGGCUUCUGGAACACUCUUCUUCGAAGAUACAGUUCAGACCGCCACCAUCGAAAUCACCAUCAAGCCCAAGGGUCGGUAUGAAAACACGUCGUCUUUCAACGUCUAUCUGGUGGAGCCGAGCGGUGGCGCCACGUUCGACCGCUCCACGGAUGGCGGCUCGACGAGCUGCAUCUGCCACGUCGUCAUCAAAGCCGAUGAUGAGCGGAAGGCUGCCUUGGACCGGAUCGCUAGCCAGAUCAACUGGAACAAGCACGCCCUCGGCUACUCCAAUUGGAAGGAACAGUUUCGAGAUGCCGUCUUUAUGAGCAGAGACGAUGAUGAGGAGGAGGAUGGCGGACGUUCCUGCAUGGAUGUGGCCAUCCACUUCAUAGGCAUGCCCUGGAAGCUGGCGUUUGCGUUCAUACCACCGGUAGACUACUGCAACGGAUGGUGCUGCUUCUUUGUGGCCCUUGGCAUGAUCGCCAUUCUUACUGCAGUGGUCGGAGAUCUGGCCAACUUGGUUGGCUGCACGCUGAACAUCGGGCCGGAGAUCACGGCGAUUACUUUUGUCGCUCUGGGGACCUCCUUGCCCGACACCUUUGCCUCCAAGACGGCGGCGAUCAUGGACCCCUACGCAGAUGCUUCCAUUGGGAAUGUCACAGGUAGCAACUCCGUCAACGUAUUCCUGGGUCUGGGGAUGCCUUGGACCAUCGGUGCCAUCUACUGGCAGACCCUUAGCACAAGCGGAGCCACCUUCUCAACUUGGCUCGCGAAGCUGCAGGAGGGCGGCAAGUACUAUGACAUCAGGUCUUCGAUCGUGAACUACAACAACCUGCAAACUGCAGUCUUUGUCACCCCUGCAGGCUCCCUGUGGUUCAACCUUUUAAUCUUCUCAUGCAACGCCCUGUGCGCGAUUAUGCUGCUGUACCUGCGCCGCCGCACCUUUGGUGGAGAGCUGGGCGGGCCACGCCGAUGGCAGCUGGCGAGUGCUGCCUUCCUGGUCUUCCAAUGGUGUGUUUACAUCGGAGCCUCCUCGGCCUGGGUCGUCCUGGAGACCGAAUAA